CCGCGAACCGCCGUCGUCGCACAGUUUUCGUUCGGAUCUCGAAGGAGUUGGUUGUUUUUGUCGUGAAAUUUCUCUCUCUCUCUAUCGCUCACACUUUCUCUUUUUCUUUCUAUCUCUCUAUCUCCUUAUUUCCAUUUUUUCUCAUGCUCUCUCCAGCAAACUUUUCUCUCUUUAACGUUUGACACACAACGAAACAGAAAUUUUAUAGAGACUCCGAUAUAUCGUACGCAUGAUUUUUCGCAUCGCGUUCGCGCGAACUCUUCUUAUUCUCAAUAAAAUACACACACGUGCGCACGCGCGCGCUCGUAUACACACCGCAUAUACACACACGCAUAUCCAACACAUAGAGCCGCACGAAGCAAAAAUCGAGCUGUGGACUGUAUCUAGUACUACAAGAGAAACGUCGGAAAGAAGAUGGAUCGAACGUCAAAGUUACUUUUACGGAAAAUCAUCAUCGACUUUGUGUGCUUACUUAUUGUUAGUCUAGCGGUUUUGAUGUUCUUCCUCUUUGGUAAGCCAUACAAGCGUGGGUUUUUCUGCAAUGAUGAAUCAUUGAUGCAUCCAUACCAUUCGUCCACGGUUACUAGUGCGAUGCUCUACGUCACUGGCCUCUUCCUUCCUAUAUGUACGAUGAUCGCAGGUGAGUAUUUAUAUGGAAGACAAUAUUCUACCGAAUCGUCGAAAAUACUCUUUGGAUACACGAUUCCACCUUGGCUUUGGAUGGCUUACAUUAAGGUUGGAGUUUUCGGAUUUGGAGCAGCAACAACAGUUUUGGUGACGGACGUUGCCAAAUACACGAUCGGUCGAUUGAGACCACAUUUUAUGACACUCUGCGUACCAGACAUUAAUUGCAGUUUGCCUGAAAAUCAGUUCAGAUAUAUCCAGAAUUUCUCUUGUACCGCACCAGGCAUUUCGCCGAAAUUACUUAAGGAAAUGAGAUUAUCUUUUCCUUCGGGGCACUCCUCGUUUUCAGCCUACACGAUGAUCUACCUUGCCAUUUACUUGCAGCUAAGAAUUACAUGGAGAGGUAGCAAAUUAUUGAAGCAUAUGUUUCAACUUGUAUGCAUCUUUAUGGCGUGGUUUACGGCAAUGUCAAGAAUUUCCGAUUAUAAACAUCAUUGGAGCGACGUUCUUGCCGGAUCGACUAUCGGUACCAUUGUUGCUCUUAUUGUGAUAUUCUGCAUAGCUGAUCUCUUCGAGGAAAGACGAAGGAGCUGUCGGGUGGAAAAGCAACGAACGGGGGACUACGAAGCAACGGAAGCUGGUACGCAGGCCGUGACUGUCUUCUAGUUAUCUCCGGGAAGCUAGUGUGCUCUCGGGAAAACGAAACGUCGAAUUUGCUAGUGUCGGCCUUGAGGAUGCACCCAUCAUCCUUCGGGACCUUUUAGUUCAGCUGCCUUACAACCGGGACUGCUCAUAUGCAGUUCUUCUCUCAUCUGGAAGGCCUUCUCUCUGUUUCUAUCUCUCUGUUUCUUUCUCGCUCCAUACAACAUAUGCUGCCAAUCGGACAAGAUAAAAAGCUGCUAAAGGUCUUUUGUGAUCCAUCUAUCAUCCAUCCAUUCUCAUUUUUCUCCACGCAAUGCUACCAACCAUACGGGAGGAGAACUUUUAAAUAUUUGUUUUAUUUAAACUUUUAAAUCCUCUUGCUUGCGCUUCGGUCAUGGAAGUUCUUUUGAACGAUUUCGAAUUUGUGCAAUAUCAGUUUUGUUUUUGUUACAAUGCUCGUGAAUUAGCGGUCGUUACGAUCAUCCGAAUAGAUAUACCUAUUUGUUCCUUUACAUAGUAUAUAAAUUAGUAUAUAUAUGUAUGUGUAUAUCGAUGGAAUGUAGAAAUAUCUCUAUUUAAUAGAAUGUACGCUAAUUCUCGAACUUUUAUUUAAAAAUAUUCGCACAUAUUUAGUUAUGAAGUACAAAACUUCAUACAUAAUGCGAGGCAAGAACAUACCGUUUUUUUAUUUAUGUUAAAUGUAUCUAGCUUCUUCGCCAAAACAUAUUUAAAUUGAUAACAGAUAAAGAUAAAAUAUCUUUAUUCUAUGAUCAAAAGGUUGUUAUCGACUUAGGAGAAGAGGCUGAUGACAUACUACUGGGCAGACAUUGUAACUACACGCGUACCUAUUAAUAAGAAGUUGACAGAACCGAAUUAAUUUUUUCGGUCAAUAUGCAUAUAUAUAUUUACUUCUUGUUAAUUCUUAUUUAUUUAAAAGAGCAAAGUUUUAUGAUGAAUAACUAUGACUUUAUAACUUGGAAAACACCGUGUAUUUCCUAUCUGUGUAAAUAUUUUCUCAGAAAAAGGACAAUAUUAUGACCUUAGAGCAAAUUUUCAAUGGCGUCAAUUAAGAAAAGUUAGUCUGUAGAUAAAUAUUUUUUUUUCAAUAAUGUUAAAUUCUUAGCAUGAUUAGUACGUUCAUAGAACUUGUGAUGUACGUCUUGCAGUGCAUAGAUGUGUAUGAUGAUCAUACAUGCACGAUCCAUACUACUUAAAUAUGAAAAAUAUUCUGUAGUAUCGACGAUACAUACAUAUUACAAUGGUGCUUUAGAUUUGUUACAUAUACAGCUAUGCUGUAUUCUUGUAUCUGAAAGUAUUUCGUAAUUAGAUGUAUCUUAUGUAUAUGUAAGAGAAUCCUCUAUAUUUACAUACAUUCAAAGAUUUUUAUUUAUUCUAUAAAUACCUUAAUGUAGAAUAGAGUUUGGAUUUACAUAUGCAUUUGAUAUAUUAUAAAUUAUUAAGUUUAUAGAUUAUAAAAGGGCUCUAUAUUUCUUCUACGUAGAAGAUACUGUUAUUUCGGAUGACAGUUAUAUAACAUCCGUAAUAUUAGGUCCUAAUUUGUUAAUUUAUGUUAAUUUAUAUUAGUCAAAUUGUAAACUCUAUACUGUUAUUUCCAUGCUUAAAUAAUACGUUACUUAUAUUUUAUAACAUUAUAUGUGAAUUUUCUAUAAAACAUUUACAAUUAACAGUUUAAAAUUAGAAAAUAAAAUAAAAAAGUAUCGAUAGGUAAUAAAUAAAAAAAGGAAAGAAAAAAAAUCCAAUUUCGUUACAAGAAUCUAUGUAUUAUUUCUGGAUGUUAUAUUACAAUGCUAUACGCUAUACAGUGUAUUCAAAUCGAUAUGAUUAUAAAGGUUGCCUAUUCGUGAUCAGAUAUAUUGAAUAGCACUGAAUUAAGGCGAAAGUAACCGUGCACACAAGACCAAUGUAAUAUAUUUCAAUAAUAUUUAUUCUUAACUUACUAUAACGCGACAAAAAUAACGUAACUUUUUCGCAAGAGUUUACAACAGAUUCGUAAAGAGAGUAAAUUAUCUACACCAUUGAAUGAUGUAGAAAAUAAAAAAAUGGUGAAUAUAAA